AUGAGCUCGCCAACUUCUCCUCUUCGCCAUGAAGACUUCACCGUAGCCUGGAUCUGCGCCUUGCCCGUGGAGAUGGCAGCCGCCGAGGCCCUGCUGGACGAGCGUCUACCCGACCUGCCCGCCCAGCCUCACGACAACAACACAUAUACUUUCGGUGUCUGUCACGGUCAUCGCGUUGUUAUUGCUAGUCUACCGUCUGGGGUUUACGGGACUAAUUCUGCAGCGGUCAUAGCUACUGAAGUUCGCAUACGUUUCCCAUAUCUUCGGUUUGGACUGAUGGUCGGAGUGGGCGGAGGGGUGCGCGAUGCUGGAGUUCGGCUCGGGGAUGUUGUCGUGAGCAAGCCCACUCGUGAAUAUGGAGGAGUUAUACAAUAUGACUAUGGAAAGGCGAUUGAUGGGGGUGAAUGGGAGCACACGGGAAUGUUGAACAAACCACCGACGGUUUUGCUGACCGCAAUCUCUAGACUUCAGGCAGCACAUCUACAAAAGCCGAGUCAGGUCUCGGAGUUAGUCUCAGAAGUCCUUGCGGUAAACCCUAGUAUGGCAACUACUUUUAGCUGUCCGCAAUCAUCAGAAGAUGCGCUAAGCGGGGGAGCUGCGAGCCUGGAACAGCCAUGUGGAAUUCACUACGGCUUGAUCGCAUCAGGUAACAUGGUCGUCAAGGACGGGAAGCUCCGGGAUAAAAUUGCAAAGAAAUAUGAUAUUUUGUGCUUUGAGAUGGAAGCUGCUGGCUUGAUGGAUAAUUUUCCAUGCCUUGUUAUCCGAGGAAUCUGCGACUACGCUGAUACGCACAAGAAGAAAGACUGGCAAGGCUAUGCCUCCUUGACGGCAGCUGCCUACGCGAAAGAGCUCCUCGCUGUGAUCCCGAGGCAUUCUGUUCUAGAGACCCCAACUGCCACGUUAAGCCUGGACUGUAAGUGCACGUGGUAUAUAUAUGUUGCAGAAAACUUAUACGUUGGCUUAGGAUUCGCUUUUGAUGACGAUUUUCUGGCGCGUAUCACACGCUACGACCACGAAAGAGUACACCAGAGGCUUUCACGGAAAAGACUCCUUGGAACUACACAAUGGUUCUUAGAUCACCCGGAAUUUCAGGCCUGGCUUUCUAACAGGGCCUAUCCUUGGCUAUGGUGCUCUGGUAAAAUCGGUUCUGGUAAAUCCAUCAUUGCAGCCACCGCAAUUGAAGAAGCGCGUAGAAAACCGUUACAGCCCCAUGCCCCUAUCAUUUUCUUUUACUGCGACGUGCAAUAUGAUUCGGACCUAUCUCAGUUGCUCUCGAGCUUCAUACGUCAACUGACAGAAUUUAUCAUCAAGAGGGCUCAGCCAUUCUCGGAAAACGGCCAAAAAAUGCUGCAAAGAUAUUUCGGAAGCGAAAGGGAAGUUCCGGAUAUUGAUGAUUUGGAGGACAUAUUUGCUAUUUUGUCCUCUGAUGUGUCAAAUGCCACCUAUGUAAUAGAUGGCCUUGAUGCGUUGGAACAGGCAGACGCAAGGCGUCUCCUUACUUACUUUCGAUCACUAUGCCGAACCGGCGGGGAUAAAGCCAUAGGCCCAUGGCUACUCAUCUUCAGCAGAGAAUACUUUGUGGGAGGCACAAGUGUUGCGACAUACCUUCCGAAAGUACCUCAGAUCUCCACGACUUACAAUGUGUUACAAGAUAUUCAAGUCUACAUAAGAGAAAGUAUUGCAGACCGAAUGGUGCUUCAACCGCUUACUGAAGACAAUCAGCUUAUCAGGGAUAUGGAAAAUAUCUUAUUGCAAGAGUCUUCGGGAAUGUUUCUGUGGGUUUAUCUACAAAUCGAGAUUAUUUGGUACACUUGUGCCACCGAGCAAGAAAUACGUGUCGCUUUAGCAACCUUACCAAAAGGUCUUGAGGAAACAUACCAGCGCUGUUUGAAGAGGAUAAACUGUCACGAUUUUCGUGCCAUCAGAACACUUAUCUGGGUUCGCUUCAGUGCACGACCGCUUCAUUGUGAAGAACUGCAGGAGGCAGUAGCCUUGGACUUGAACGACAAAUGUUGGGACCGGGAAAAGAUUCCACGAUGUGACUUUAUCUUGGGUUGGUGCGCAAACCUCGUCGUCUUAGACCCUGUCGAUAGCUGUGCGCGCUUCGCACACCCAUCAAUCUGCCAGUACCUCGACAGCAGUCUCGAUGCACAUUUGCUUCAAUUCCCAGAGUCAGUCCGCUCAGGAAACCAAAUAUGUGGACGUCUUUGCAUCACGUAUCUUUCGUUCUCUGAUUUCCACCUUCAUCUUUCCAAGACAACAAAGUCUGUGGAAUGGAAUGUGCGUGGCAAGGACUUGCUUCCGAAGCAUGUCCCAGGCUUUCGGCUUAUAAAAAGUCUUUUGCCAUCGAGGCUAAAGCAUCAUUUAUCUGUCUCGCUACCUUCACCGCCCGUACGUACUGUGCCAUCGCCGUCUUUGGCGCGCUUUCGGUUUCUGUUCUAUGCACGAAGUCAUUGGACCACUCAUACCAAGCACUUCUCGGAGGAAGAUCCUCUGUGGGACAUGUUCAAGCUCUUGGCACUGACAUCUAAUGAAAGUUGGGGUUUUCAUCCAUGGAGAGCAGAUGCUCGGUCUCAGUUUUCACACUUGCAAGCCAUGUUUGGAUGGGCAGUCAGGGAACGCCACUUGCCACUUUUCAGACUUACAAUGCAAUUUCCAGUCCACAUACGACGCAUUUGUGAUUUACCGCUUAGUGGGGAGCUGCUUCCGGCCUUACACUAUGCCUGUAAACAGGGAUAUUCUGAUGUGGUCUCCCGGCUACUGCCCUUCUGUGACAUCAACAGAGCGGAUCUGCAAGACUUCACCCCAUUGCACUACGCUGUGGAAAGGGGCCAUGCUAAUAUAGUGGAAACUCUCUUAUGUCAGAAAAGGCUUAAAGCGCAUAGAGAUUCUCACGUUAAAGGAGAACUGCUUCUGUUGGCUUCUAGGAAAGGCCAUACAGAAGCGGUCAAAAUCCUCUUAAAGAAAAGUGCAGACCUGGAAGCCAGAAAUUCAAAGUCACAAACCAGCCUGAUAGUGGCUGCCGCAUCUGGUCAUAUACUCACGGUAAAGCUUCUUGUUGAAGAAGGAGCCGAUAUGGAAGCCAUCGAU